CCGUCCUCUCACUGCUGGGUAAGGUGAAGUUUCUUCCAAAGCUCCGAGCACUUACCAUCAGAUUCCGGCGAUGUCUAACAGUGGCGGCAUAGAGAAAAUCAAAGGCUGCAACGUGGUAGCAAUGGCAUACCCAGGUCGUGGCCACAUCAACUCAAUGUUGAAUGCAUGUACUCUUCUAGCUUCAAAAGGCGUACCCGUCACAUUUGUGGUCACUGAAGAGUGGCUUACCUUAAUCGCACCAGGAUCAGGAUCAGGAUCAUUUCCAAACCUUCGGUUUCUCUCCAUCCCUAAUGUAAUCCCAUCGGAGCUGACUCGAACUUCGGAUUAUGCCGGAUUCGUUGAGGCUGUCUACACGAAGAUGGAAGCUCCAUUUGAUCACCUUCUUGAUGGGCUUGAACCACCUGCAACUUGUAUUAUAGCUGACACUUUAUUGUCAUGGGCAAUAGCUAUUGCGGACCGGAGGAAUAUUCCGGUGGCUGUGCUCUGGCCGAUGGCACCGUCCCUGUUUUCUUUGCGCUAUCAUUAUCACCUCCUUCAUGCUCAUGGCCAUCGACCUCUUACACUUGAAAAUUUCUCAGAAAGGAAAGAUGAGAUCAUAACCUACAUCCCAGGAAUCCCUGCAAUACGCCUAGGAGAUCUGCCACUCCUUCACAUUGGCCAGAAUCAAUUUUCAAAGAGAAUAGAAGAAGCCUUCUCUUGGGUAAAAACCAAAGCACAAUUCAUUCUCUUUUCUUCCUUCUAUGACCUUCAGCCCCAUGUAAUUGACACCUUAAGGGGAAUACUUCCAAUACCCAUUUACCCAAUUGGUCCCUCUAUCCCUUUCAUGUUACUUCAAGACAGAGUCACACCCUCAGCUGAUACCUUCAGCAAUGGCAGUAAUAAUACUGUGGAUAUGGAUUACCUCAAGUGGCUCGACUCUCAACCCAAAAAUUCUGUCUUGUAUGUCUCAUUGGGUAGUUUCUUAUCUGCAUCGGCCACUCAAAUGCAUGAAAUUGCAAUGGGAUUGCAGAGCAGUGAGGUUCGAUACUUGUGGGUUGCUCGUGGUGAAGCCCUCAACUUGCAGGAAAUUUGUGGUGAAAUGGGAUUAGUAGUACCAUGGUGUGACCAAUUGAGGGUCUUAUGCCAUUCCUCUGUGGCAGGGUUUUUCACACAUUGUGGAUGGAACUCAAUACUAGAAGUCAUUUACUCAGGGGUGCCAAUGCUCACUUUUCCUCUGUUUGCUGACCAAUUUCCUAAUAGUUUGUUGAUUGUGGAAGACUGGAAGAUUGGCUUGAGAGUGAAGGAGGAUAUUGGAGUGGAAAAUGUGGUUGGAAGAGAUAAGAUUGCUCGCGUCGUGCGAAGGUUGAUGGAUGGAGAUGAAGGAGUACUACAGCUGAGGGAAAGAGCCAAACAACUUCAGAGAUCUUGUCAAAGAGCUAUAAAGAAGGAUGGAUCUACUAUGACGAACCUCCAUGCUUUUAUAGGAGAUCUCGUAAGCCUUAACUAA